GCAGACUCCUUCGGAGAAGAAGAGCGAGCGACAGAGGAUGGUGCGAUAGGAGGUGGCGGAAGGAACCCUCUGCAUGAAGAGGAUGAGAGGAAAACCGGAGGCGUUGAUGGGCGGGGAUGGAGGUGGCGACGGAGAACGUGCCUCGGGAAAGAAGCCGACGAAGGAAGAGGGUGGGAUGGCAAGUAAGAAAGCGAGGAGGCCCGACGGUUUGACCAUCCGCGAAGGACAAGCCGCGGGUGGAGGAGAUUCGAGUGAUCCAGGCGAUGCGGCCGAGAGAAAACCUUCGGGGAAAUCGAAACGGAAAGUGGCAGCUGAAGAAGGCGAUGGCCAGAAGAAACCUCGAAGGCGGAAGACUGCUGAGGCGGCGAGCGGUGACGAAGGGCCUGUCGGUCAGGAGUGCAACGAAGCGACAACGUUCUGGCUCGAAUACAAGCGGAACGAUGUCGGUGAAAUCGUGGAGAAGGAGCUCCCCGUCCAACUGCUCAUCGACCCCAGGAAGGUCUGCGACAUCCCGCCUUGGGAAAGAUAUUACAACCACCGCAGUCUAAGUCGCGAAACUGUAGACGACAUCAAGGAUGCGAUGCUGAGUCAAUUCCGCGAGAAGAAGAUAUGGACGAAAAAACCUCUCGUUUUGGCACCCAUCUACAAGCCAGUGACGUGUAGGCCGGAGCAAGCUGACAGGGUUCACAAAGAUGUCUUCAAGCCAGAGGACAAGUACAAGUACUACUAUUACCCUGUUAACGGACAACACACCGUGGCUGCUGUGAAGGAGUUGGAGGGUGAGCAGAUAUUCGAUUUGUGGAAGAUGCACUCGUGGCCAGCGAGAGUAGUGUGGUUCUCCGACCGAGAUUUCGCGGGGUAUAGGCAAGUCAGUCUCAACGAAAACACGAGACACAAGAUGUCUAAGCAGCGAUCGCAGAAGGCCGCGUUCUUGGACAUGCGGGAGGCAUGGGAGAACGAAGGAAGGCCGAUGGCCAUUCAAGGGAACCCUUCCGGCAAGGAGGCCGGAAAACAAAAGUUUUUCGAUUUCCAAAAGCUGAUUUUGGGAAAGAGUCCGGACGAAUCUCACAGGGCGUUGUCAAAAAAAGAUUUGCCGCUCGCUGACAAGGAGUAUGUCGCUGCCGUUGGCAAUGCAUUGAGGCAGUGGAUGCCGCUUGUGACGGCCGGUGAUGACGUUUUUCGCAAAGCCAUGGAGUUCUACACGAAAUGGGCGGAGGGAAAGUUGUUGGGUGGCGACGGCAAGACGCCAUUGUCGAGGCCGGGCAAAUGCAUGCCAGACAAAUCUCCGGGUUUGCAAGCAAUUCCGGAAAUGGGCUUGAAAGGGGCGGCUGGUGAAACGAAGAUGGGGUGGCUGGUCCUGGUCACGCCACCUUCGACCAAAAAGAAAACGCAAGCGGACGACAAGUUUUUCGUGGUCGUGAAGGAGCCAGACAUGUUUUGUUGGCAGUCUCUCGCCGACAUGACCGAUGUCGAGAAACUGUCGAUCCUCGACGACAUUCUCGCACUACGGGGAGUGUUCGUGCAAUCCGCGGGCGCCCAUCUAAAGCGUCAGCAUAAACCUGGAAUUAAAGACAUGGUCGCGAUAAGGAAAGUGGACCGUGUGAUGCUCCGUAUGUUCCACUAUAUCUUGUUCCUUGAAACGGAGGACGACGGACAUGUUUGGCGCCAUGGGAGCCCAUUUUUUCGGAUUGAGGGGAAGCUUCUGGAGGAGUUCGGGCUGCAGGGCCUCACGAAACAGGUGUGGGUCGAAAUGCGAAAGCAUUUCCAGGGCGCGGUGGAGUACGUGAACACUUGCAAACGUACUCUUCCGCACGAGAAGGAGUCCCUCGACGACGCGAAGAAAUUGUACGAGGACCACAGGUUCCCUAAAUCUUUCGAAAAGUCUGUCCGUUCCAUCUUGCGACGGAUGGAAGAAGAAGUUCGAGACACGAUCAGGGGCAGCGGGGAUGUGAGGCACAUCAAAUGGCCCAACCUCAACCGGGUGACCAGCCUUAUUCCUUUCGCUUUCCCGCCUUCCCAAGCUCACAGUCAUGUCACUGCGAUCCGUGAGGUUGUGCGACAUUACGUGUGCAACCUGUACGUCCUCGAUUUGUGUGAUCCCACACUCCUCACAGACUGGCGAGAAGACGAUUUCGCCAACUUGCAAGGCCUUCUACAAACACUUAUGCCAACGCACUGGGCACUUAUGAUCUUUUUCACCUCUCGUUGGGAGCUCAGUUCCUUGAAAGGCAUGGCCAGACUUAGCGCCCAUCACGUCAGGACAGGGAAGUGGGUACAUAAUGCACAAAAGCAGGCCACUGUCCGGGAAGGCAAUAUGCUGGUUGAGGAGUGUGACCGCCUUUACGUGAUUUUUAAUGGCGAGAAGCUGGAAGGCAACACAUUCGCAGUCUACCUGGACAGUAGCCCGACAAAGGCUUACCGUGCUCAUGGUCCAAGUCCGGCCAAACACACGGUGGCAGGCCCAUCAGGACAGGGUGUGGCGUGUUUCGACGUGGCGGAAGAGGAAAGGUUCUCUCGUAGCAUGUGGGAGGACGGCGGCGUGACAAGUUCUCAAGGACCUGCUUACGAGGAGAUGGAGCGGAACCCGUCCCGUCUACUUGGUCUACUCGAAAACUUUUGCAAAGCUGGUCAAACUGUUUUUUUCUUUGGGAAGGCGCAUGCGUCUGUCGUGUGGGAACUCCUACGCACCGGUCGGAACGUCGUCGCGUUGGAGAAGGAGGCGAAGAUGAUCGAUUACCUUUACGAGUUCAUGAAGGCACGCGUUGCAGACACUCGCAAUGCUUGCAAGUUUGCAUGGUCCACCGGCGAACGGAACUGGGAUCCCAAAUGUGACAUGUAUUGGAAAUUGCCGGGGAACAAAAGGACGAACGUUUGGGACUUCCUUUUCGGACCCGGAGCGCCUGGUCCGACCGACCUCGAAUACAGUCGACGGAGAAACCUGGUGUUCGCUGUGCUCAAUGGGUACCAUGGUGCACCCAGGGAGUAUGUCUCGCACUUCCUGAGAAGGCUGGAGCACGUUUACUUCACGCUGGCCGAACCGCUCACUCUCGAAAACUACAAGUCACAGUUUGACGAGGAGGACCUUUUCGACGCUGAAGACAUGGAGGAGCUGAGCGACUCCGAAACCUUCGAUUUCGAGUUCAUGCCACUUCCUCGGGUGGUUGGACAGAAUGACAGACUCUACUUCUUCGGCAAGCAUCACCGGUUCACGUCGGAGGAUGUCUGGGGACACAACGUCGUCUGGCACCCGAGGAUAUUCCAACCUGCUGUGAGGAAUGGAAUAUGGGUCAUGGCAAUAAAGGAGGCCGAUGGCAAGUGGAGUGGACUGAAGAGACUGGGAGCGGGUGCAUUUAAGAGAAAGGCAAGAACUGCUCUGGUGGAGCAUUUGAGUCUCAUCAACCCCGAGAGGAACGAUCAGGACGUCGAUGCGUAUGCAGAACAAAAGCUACAUGAGUUGUACGCCAACAACAUGUUGGAGUUUCAAGCGCCUUUCUACGCACUCGAAACGACACCGUCUCGUUGCAUUGACUGGCGCAUGCCGCAACCUCCGUCGACCGGUCAGCAUCCGGGAGGGGGUGGUGGAGGAGACGAAGGAGACGGCGGAGGUGGCGGAGAAGACGGCUCAAAGUUUGCCGGAAAGGGGACGAGCGAGACAUUGUCGGUUGAGAAGGCGUCCGGCGAAAAGGGGUCGGGCGGAAAGGGGUCGGGCGGGAAGCGGUCGGGCGGCGGAAAGCGUAGAACGUCCGGGCGAGUGUUGGAGACCGUGGGUAGCGAGAUUGAACAUCACACUCCUGGGGAAGACGAGCGCUCUUCGGGAACGCGUGUUGUACAUCGGGAAGAGGGAACUCAACACUGGCAGUCUCCCAAAGUGUUGGAGACCGGGGGUAGCGAGUGUGAACGUCAUGCUUUGGAGGGUGCGUCUGUGGACACUGACAGCGAGAGUGCAGGAGCUCCGGGGGAAACGCAUGUUGUACAGCGGGGAGAGGACACUCGACACAGGCCGGCUCGUGAAGACGUGAAGUGGCUCCAUGCACAAGCGCUGGUCAUCGGGACGUCCGAAGAGGUUCGGUACAGUCGCUCGACUGUGGCCACGACGCGAGAGGGUGUCGUUAAGGGAGGUCAGUGGACGUCCGUGCAAGCUCCCGUUCUUGGCGACGAUGAAAACGAAGAAGAACCCGCGGUGAAAGCUCGGGUUCAUGGCGAUGAGAAACGUGGAGAACCCGUGGUGGAAGGCUGUGAGGUGACUGCCGACAUCCGGACGGAUCCACAGCGGAAAGAUGGUGAUUCUUCGUCCAUCCGUUGCGGUGAAGAACAGGGUGGUCGAGCGUCUGUCCUGAGCACCGCUCGGGGAAUGGUGCUUCGUGAAGCCAUAGAGUUGGGUGACGACUCGGCGGCCACCGAGCUGGUUAGCGACUCAGGCAUGGCCGAGAUGCAGAACGUCGAAUCCUCCGUGGAAGGCGGUGAGGUGGCCGUCAGCAUCAAGAUGGAUCCAGAGCGGAAAGAUCAUGAUUCUUCGUCCACCCGUUGCGGUGCCGAACAGGGUGAUCGAGCAUCUGUCCUCAGUACCGGUCGGGAAAUGGUGCUUCAUGAACCCAUCGACUUGCCAAGCGACUCAGCUGCCACCGAGCUAGUUAGCGACACAGCCGUGGCCAAGGUCCAGAACCUCGAAUCGUCUGUGGACGCUGGCGCAGUGCCGCGACAGGAGGGCGAGUUCCCUCAAAGGGCUCCCGAGCACGGUGUGAGGUUGUUAAUGUCCCUGCCCAUGAAGCCUUUAAAAGCCGUGCGCGAGAAACGUCUUUCAGGGAGGUCAUUGGCCGCUUCACCAAAGAAGUCAUCAAGUGUAGGGUUGUUCAAAAGGGUCCAGAUGCCUCGCCUUUCCCAGAGAGUUGUCAAGGUUCUGAAGGCUUGUGGAAUAGAUAAGGAGGAAGGUCUGCGGAAACAUUUGGCUGCGUCUAUUGAGAGCGUUACUGCUUUGUCUGACGGGUCUGAUGACGAUGGCAAACGGGGUGUCUUGAAAGACCCGUGUCCUAAGUACAUCGCGAAGGACACAUUCAACAAGCRGGGAUACARCUUUUCUGGGAAAAGGGCAGACAGUUCUUAGUCAUUCCACCACGGGGUUUGUGCUCACUCCUCACACUUGUUCGUGGGUGUUUGUGCAGCUGGGGCUACAUCAUGUUUUCGCGUUUCGUUGCCUACUGAGGAGCUUAGCGCUACGGACUUGAGAAUGUUGCGGAACGUC